ACCCAGCACUGAGUCCCAGGACUCCGAGAAAGCCGGAGGUGUAUGGUUGCGUUUCCUCUGCCCGCGCGAGGCAUCACUUGCGCGCCACGGAAAGCCAGGAGCUGUCCGGCAGCCGGGAUCAUCCUUUCCGACUGGCACCGCAGGCGCUCCUGCAGCCGCGGCCGGAGCUGGGGCACCCUCGCCCUGAGCGCCCCGAAGCCCUGCGCGGCUGCGCACGGUCCAUCUCCGCGCCUUUUUGGCGGAGCAGGACCAGAAAGAGAACGGGCGCCUGAUUUCUGGGCAUUGCGCCCGGCGCGAGGUGCGGGAUGGAGAGCAAGGCGCUACUGGCCCUUGCUCUGUGGCUCUGCGUGGAGACCCGGGCUGCCUCUGUGGGUUUUUCUAGUGUUUCCCUUGAUCCACCCAGGCUCAGCAUCCAAAAAGACAUACUUACAGUUAUGGCUAACACAACGCUUCAGAUUACUUGCAGGGGUCAGAGGGACUUGCACUGGCUCUGGCCCAACAAUCAGAGCAGCUCUGAGAAAAGAGUGGAGGUCACAGAUUGCAGUGAUGGCUUCUUCUGUAAGAUGCUCACAAUUUCCGAAGUGAUUGGAAAUGAUACUGGAGCCUACAAGUGCUUCUACCAGGACACUGACAUGGGCUCCGUUGUUUAUGUGUAUGUUCAAGAUUAUAGGUCUCCGUUUAUUGCUUCUGUUAGCGACCAGCAUGAAGUUGUGUACAUCACUGAGAACAAAAACAAAACUGUGGUGAUUCCAUGUUUGGGGACUGUUUCAGACCUCAAUGUGUCACUCUGUGCAAGGUAUCCAGAAAAAAGAUUUGUUCCUGAUGGUAACAGAAUUUCCUGGGACAGCAAGAAAGGCUUCAGUAUUCCCAGCUAUAUGAUUAGUUAUGCUGGCGUGGUCUUCUGCGAAGCAAAAAUCAAUGAUGAAAGUUACCAGUCUAUUAUGUACAUAAUUGUGGUUAUAGGGUACAAGAUUUAUGAUGUGGUUCUGAGCCCCCCUCAUGGAGUCGAGCUGUCUGUUGGAGAGAAGCUCAUCUUAAACUGUACGGCAAGAACUGAGCUAAAUGUGGGAAUCGACUUCCACUGGGAAUACCCUUCUUUGAAGCAUCAGCAUAAAAAACUUAUAAACCGGGACCUAAAAACCCAGUCUGGGACUGAAAUGAAGAAGUUUUUGAGCACCUUGACUAUAGAUGGUGUAACCCGGAGUGACCAGGGAUGGUAUAUCUGUGCAGCUUCCAGUGGGCUGAUGACCAAGAAGAACAGCACGUUCGUCCGGGUACAUGAAAAGCCUUUUGUUGCUUUCGGUAGUGGCAUGGAAUCCUUGGUGGAAGCCACCGUGGGGGAACGUGUGAAAGUCCCUGUCAAGUACCUUGGUUACCCUCCUCCAGAAAUAAAAUGGUAUAAAAAUGGAAGACCCAUUGAGUCCAAUCACACAGUUAAAGUGGGGCAUGUGCUGACUAUUAUGGAAGUGAGUGAGAAAGAUACAGGAAAUUACACUGUCAUUCUUACCAAUCCCAUUUCAAAGGAGAAACAGAGCCACAUGGUAUCUCUGGUGGUGAAUGCCCCUCCUCAGAUUGGUGAGAAAUCUCUGCUGUCUCCUGUGGACUCUUACCAGUACGGCACUUCCCAAACGCUGACGUGCACGGUCUACGCCGUUCCUCCCCCAAGUCACAUUCGCUGGUACUGGCAGCUGGAGACGGAGUGCACCUACCAGCCCACCCUCACUGCCUUAACGACAAACCCAUACACUUGUAAGGAAUGGAGAAACGUGGAGGACUUCCAGGGGGGAAACAAAAUCGAAGUCAACAAAAAUCAGAUUGCCCUAAUUGAAGGAAGAAACAAAACUGUAAGUACUCUUGUUAUCCAAGCGGCCAAUGUGUCUGCUUUGUAUAAAUGUGAAGCAGUGAACAAAGCUGGAAGAGGAGAGAGGGUUAUCUCCUUCCAUGUGACCAGGGGUCCUGAAAUCACGUUGAAUCCUGGCAUCCAGCCCACCGAGCAGGAGAAUGUGUCUCUGUGGUGCUCCGCGGACAGAACUAUGUUUGAGAACCUCACGUGGUACAAACUCGGCCCACAGGCCCUGCCCAUCCACAUGGGCGAUUUACCCACACCUGUCUGCAAGAACUUGGAUGCUCUUUGGAAAAUGAAUGCCACCAUGAUCUCUAACAACACAAAUGACAUCUUGAUCUUGGAGCUGCAGAAUGCAUCCUUGCAGGACCAAGGAGACUAUGUCUGCUUUGCUCAGGACAGGAAGACUAAGAAAAGACAUUGUGUGGCCAGGCAGCUCACAGUCCUAGAGCGCAUGGCACCCAUGAUCACAGGAAACCUGGAGAAUCAGACGACAAGUAUUGGUGAAACCAUCGAAGUUUCCUGCACAGCAUCUGGGAAUCCCUCUCCACAGAUUACAUGGUUUAAAGAUAAUGAGACGCUUGUGGAGGACUCAGGCAUUGUGCUAAAAGAUGGGAACCGAAACCUAACUAUCCGCAGGGUGAGGAAGGAGGAUGAAGGCCUGUACACCUGCCAGGCAUGCAGUGUUCUUGGGUGUGCAAAAGUGGAGGCAUUUUUCAUAGUAGAAGGUGCCCAGGAAAAGACAAACUUGGAAGUCAUUAUUCUAGUAGGCACUGCAGUGAUUGCCAUGUUCUUCUGGCUACUUCUUGUCAUCGUUCUACGGACCGUUAAGCGGGCCAAUGGAGGGGAACUGAAGACGGGCUACUUAUCCAUCGUCAUGGAUCCAGACGAGCUCCCCCUGGAUGAGCACUGUGAACGCCUGCCUUACGAUGCCAGCAAAUGGGAAUUCCCCAGAGACCGGCUGAAACUAGGUAAGCCUCUUGGUCGUGGUGCCUUUGGACAAGUGAUUGAAGCCGAUGCCUUUGGAAUUGACAAGACAGCAACCUGCAAGACAGUGGCUGUCAAGAUGUUGAAAGAAGGAGCAACACACAGUGAACACCGAGCCCUCAUGUCCGAACUCAAGAUCCUUAUUCAUAUUGGCCACCAUCUCAACGUGGUCAAUCUUCUUGGUGCCUGUACCAAGCCAGGGGGGCCACUCAUGGUGAUUGUGGAGUUCUGCAAGUUUGGAAACCUGUCAACUUACUUAAGAAGCAAGAGAAAUGAAUUUGUCCCCUACAAGACCAAAGGGGCACAAUUCCGGCAAGGGAAAGAAUAUGUUGGGGAGAUCACCAUGGAUCCUAAACGCCGCUUAGACAGCAUCACCAGCAGCCAGAGCUCAGCCAGCUCUGGGUUUGUUGAGGAGAAGUCCCUCAGUGACGUGGAGGAGGAGGAAGUUUCUGAAGAUCUGUACAAGAACUUCCUGACCUUGGAGCAUCUCAUCUGUUACAGCUUCCAAGUGGCUAAGGGCAUGGAGUUUUUGGCAUCACGGAAGUGUAUCCACAGGGACCUGGCAGCACGAAACAUCCUCUUGUCGGAAAAGAACGUGGUUAAAAUCUGUGACUUUGGCUUGGCCCGGGAUAUUUAUAAAGACCCAGAUUAUGUCAGAAAAGGAGAUGCCCGCCUCCCUUUGAAGUGGAUGGCCCCAGAAACGAUUUUUGACCGAGUUUACACAAUUCAGAGUGACGUGUGGUCUUUUGGUGUCCUGCUCUGGGAAAUAUUUUCCUUAGGUGCUUCUCCGUAUCCUGGAGUCAAGAUUGAUGAGGAAUUUUGUAGGCGACUGAAAGAAGGAACUAGAAUGAGAGCCCCUGAUUAUACCACACCAGAAAUGUACCAGACCAUGCUUGACUGCUGGCAUGGGGAUCCCAAUCAGAGACCCACGUUUUCAGAGCUGGUGGAGCAUCUGGGAAAUCUGUUACAAGCUAACGCUCAACAGGAUGGCAAAGACUACAUUGUUCUUCCCAUAUCAGAGACUUUGAGCAUGGAAGAGGAUUCGGGACUCUCUCUGCCUACCUCACCUGUUUCCUGUAUGGAGGAAGAGGAAGUAUGUGACCCCAAAUUCCAUUAUGACAACACAGCAGGAAUCAGUCAGUAUCUGCAGAACAGUAAGCGAAAGAGCCGGCCCGUCAGUGUAAAAACAUUUGAAGAUAUCCCGUUGGAAGAACCAGAAGUAAAAGUCAUCCCAGAUGACAGCCAGACGGACAGUGGUAUGGUUCUUGCAUCUGAAGAGCUGAAAACCCUGGAAGACAGAACCAAGUUAGCCCCAUCUUUUAGUGGACUGAUGCCCAGCAAAAGCAAGGAGUCUGUGGCAUCCGAAGGUUCAAACCAGACAAGCGGCUACCAGUCGGGAUACCAUUCUGACGACACGGACACCACUGUGUACUCCAGCGAGGAGGCUGAACUUUUAAAGCUGAUGGAGAUUGGGCCGCAGGUCGGCAGUGUAGCUCCGAUUCUCCAGCCUGACUCUGGGACCACACUGAGCUCUCCUCCGAUUUAAAAGGAGGCACCUGCGUCCCCCAGUCCUGGAAAUCACACGAGAGGUGCUGCUCCGAUUUUCAAGUGUUGUUCUUUCCACCACCAGGAAGUAGCCACAUUUGAUUUUCAUUUCAAAAAAAGGACCUCAGACUGCAGGGAGCCAGUCCCCUAGGCAUUUCCUGAGAUGCUUGUGACCCAAGAAUGUGUUUGUGUCUUCUCCCCGUGUUGACCUUAUUCUUUUUUUCAUUCAUUUAAAAAGCAUGGUGGAUGUACCCUACCCUGGGUUGCCCCAAGGGUUGCAGCAAAAGAAGUUCAAGAAAUGACUUCACCCUCAGAGAAGUAGCAGUGCCCGGGGAGCGGACACCUCGUAAAACUAGAAGAUAAACCAGGCAAUGGAAGUGCUUUAGGUGUUGAAGAUGGGAAAGACCUUUAGAGCUAAAUCCAUCUAGGAAGCUUUGCUUGUUGGAGCCACGUCUUACCUGUGAGGUUUGGAUUGAUGGAAAGGAAGACGCUGACUUGCUUUGGGAGCGCCCUGGAACCUGCGCAUGCGUUGUGUUGGCUCUGGCAUGGAGGUGGUGGCCGUAGCGUUUGUGAGGAAAUAUAAAGGCUUCAGACAAGGUGACUGGUUUUAGAAGGUUGCGUGCUCUUCUCAUUUGGGCUAAAUGAGAGUUCCUUGUGCUGUUUCCGACUCCUAAUGAGAGUUCCUUCCGUUCUCUUACGUGUCUCCUGGCCAAGCCCCAGGAAGGAAAUGAUGCAGCUCUGGCUUCUUGUCUCGAGACUGAUCCUUUGCUCAGGAUGCCACAGAAAAGGACACUCAGACGGAGGCUCCCUGUCACGUUGAGGAUUUCUGACUGUGUGAACCAGCUUCUGGUUUCUUCUGGAUGGACACCUACCUAUCUGUCCUGAUGUGAUAUGUCUGAGCCUGAACGCAGUAGAUUCGGUGUGGAGCUGUGGUGUCAAAGCUUCAGGAAGGAUUUUACUCGUAUUCCUUCUCCCCUCUCCGUGUCUUCCCCCUUCCCUUCAGUAUUUUCCUGACUGUCCCUUCCCCACCUCCCCACUCCCAGCCAGUCAGUAUUCUAGUCAUCUGACCUGUACGCCCUAGUAAAAUAUGAUUUGGUUUGUUCACUCUCUGAGUAAUUCUUAGCCAGAUUUCGAAAUUACCUUGUAGCUCAAGUUAUAACAAUACCUAUUGUAUUAUUUAGACUUUUAACAUGUAAAGCUCUUUCUACUGGUUCUGCCCUUAUUCUUUUCUUUUUAAAAAAGAUGUAUUUUCUGUUUGGUGCCAUAGUAUGAGAGGCUGGGAGCAAUGACUAUAAAACAUGCUAUGGCACAUAUAUUUAUAGUCUGUUUAUGUAGAAACAAAUGUAAUAUAUUAAAACCUUAUAUUAUAUAUAAUGAACUUUGUACUAUUCACAUUUUGUAUCAGUAUUAUGUAGCAUAACAAAGGUCAUAAUGCUUUUAGCAAUUGAUGCCAUUUUAUUAAAAAAAAAAAAAGCGAAAAACUUGAAGGAAUCGUUUGCAAGGUUGCAUCGCUAUACCCAUCAUUUCUCUCACUUCUGAAAUGGAGGAGGGAGAUUCUGACAGCGUUUCCUGUGGCUGUUUUUUAUUUUCGCUUGUUCUCUUAUUCUUAUAAAGGAUAUUUUCAUAAAAUGCUUAUAUACUUUAUAAACAAAUGUAUUAUUAGUUUUAAAAAAUACAAUGGUAUAAUACUAUCA